CUGGGACUUUCUACGUCUCUUCAGCUGCUGCGCUCGCCGUCGCCGGUGCUCAGGAGGACCUCAAAGAGCACGACUUCGGGCGGGGGGGUGCGCCGUCCCGACAAAAGUCGAUCCAACUCCGAAGCGAAGCCCAUUGCAGUAGCAGCAGGUGCAUCGUCUCAGCUCUUUGCCUCUCGAUUCUUGAACUUCUAACCAUUCCCGCCGCUCGCAAUCUUGAUCCACAAAAUUCGAGACUUCUUAGCUGACCCUGCAUUCGCAAGAACAGCCGCAGCAGUCAGCCCGGGCGUCAAGCCUUUCUGGGUCGUUGCGGACGCGGAGGAUCAAUCAAAGGGUGGGAGGAAGAACCCACAAGACAAAUCCAAUCUUUACGCGUUGUAUGCUGCAAUUGUUGCCGGUGAUGCGAGUCUUGUGUGUUGAAUCCAGAGGAUGGUGGGGGGGUUAUCGACUAGGUUGCUGAACAUCUGCAUAGCUUCCGUGUGUAAAACCCAGCAGCUGCAGAGAGCUGAAGUCCUCCUAAUCGACGCCAUAAGAUUAGGGGUGCUGCCGAAUGUGGUGACUUACAACACUCUCGUCGAUGCCUACUGUCGUUUCGUCAGCAUGGAUGCGGCUCUCGGCGUUAUCCAUCGAAUGAGGGAAGCCGGGAUAAGCCCGGAUGUGAUCACUUAUAAUUCGUUGGUCGCUGGUUCCACUCGGAAGCGGUUUUUGUCGGUGACCCUCGACCUGUUCGACGAAAUGCUUAGAUUAAGCAUACAUCCCGACCGGUGGAGCUACAACACACUGAUGCACUGCUUUUUCAAGGUGGGAAAGCCGGACGAAGCUUACAAGGUGUUCCAGAAUCUUGUGCUCAGCGAGCUCACCCCUGGUCAAGAUACAUUCAACAUCCUGAUCAAUGGGCUGUGCAAGAAUGGGUAUGUUAUUCAUGGCCUCAUGUUGUUUAGAAAUUUACAGCGGCAUGGAGUUGUUCCGGAAUUAGUGACGUACAAUCUUCUUAUCGACGGGCUCUGCAAAGCAGGGCGAUGGAGAGCCGCGAAGACAAUGUUGAUGGAGCUUUUGGGAACAGAUGAAAAGCCUAAUGCCAUAACCUACACCACAGUCAUGAAAUGUUGCUUUAAGUUUAGGAAGUACGAACAAGGGCUUGAGAUCUUCUUGCAGAUGGCAAAUCAAGGUCAUACUUUUGAUGGCUUUGGUUACUGUACAGCAGUUGGCGGUUUAGUUAAGAUUGGUAAGAUAGAGGAGGCGAAUCAAUGGAUGCAUCGGAUGGUGAAAAAUGGAAUAGGGCUUGAUUUGGUAUCCUACAAUACCCUGAUUAAUCUGCUUUGUAGGGAAGGUAGGCUAGAUGCUGCCUACACAGUGGUGGAGGAACUGGAGAAAUGUGGUCUGGAGUGGGAUGCCUACACACACGCAAUUAUUAUUGAUGGUCUGUGUAGAGCAGGUGACAUCGAGGGGGCUCAACGUCAUUUUGACAAAAUGAAAGUUUUAGGUCUUGGCUUGAACCGGGUUGCUUGGAAUUGCAUGAUUGACAGGUUAUUUAAGGCUGGUUAUAUAAAUGAGGCUAUGAAAUUGUUCAAGACUAUGGAGACUAAAGAUGAUUUUACCUAUUCAUCAGUUGUGCACAAUCUUUGUAAAGUUGGGAGAUUUCGUAGUGCUUACAAGAUACUGCUUUCUUGCUUGGAAAGUGGAUCUAAAAUACUCAAGUCUGCCCAAAAGGCUGUUCUUAGUGGCCUCAAGGAGUCGGGAUAUAGGAAAGACGCCAAAAAGCUCAAGUCAAAGAUUUUGAUGGCUCGAGUGUUGGCACGAUAUUAAUGUGGAAGUUGCACCCUUUCUCAGGCCAAAAAAUUGCACUACCUGUGGUGCCAUCAGCAAAAGUGUCACGAUUGCUUUCAAGCUUUAAUUUCAACCAGCACCAGUUGUGGGUGCAUGCCCCUCUUUUUUUUAUGGCAUUAAGUACGAGCUUUUUUCACAUAGUCAAGACCGGACUAAAAUCGUUCAAAAUGGCUGUUCAUCUUACCACGACAACAGUGGCCUCGCCCUCUUUGCUUGCUUCGGAUCAUGAUUGCUCAUUUUUCGAAUUCUUGGCUUUCAUCAAUGUGGUUCAAAUGUCCAUCGGGGCAUGUCCAAAGUUGCUGCCUUAAACAAGGGGUGAUCAAAUAUAAUUUGGAUAUAUAACAAGGGAUCAUGAGAUACAAUUUAGACUUAUAACUUUGAGCAAUUUUCUAAUGAAUUUGUAGAAGUGUUGAUGCUUGAUAAGGUUGGGAAGUCAACUGCAGGAUGGAAGUUUCCUUUUGAGUUUGGAUCAUGCAGCGUGAUUGGAGGAUAUUGAUUAGUAAGCACUUAAUCUUUUAAUGGCCUUCUACAAGAUAUUGAGGGCUGCUGUGGAGCAUAAAGGGGCAUAAUAUCUCAAGGUGAUCGAAACCCAGUUAUGAGAGAGACCACCCAUUCAGUUAGUCCUGGAGGACCUAAAGGUUCUGAUCAAAUAGACAGGAGAGUCACCGGAGAGACACAGAGAGAAAUUAUCAUUGAUGGUCUGUGUAGAGCAGGUGAUAUCAAGGGGGCUCAUCAUCAUUUAGACAAAAUGAAAGUUUUAAGUCUUGGCUCGAACCAGGUUGCUUGGAAUUGCAUGAUUGACAGGUUAUUUAAGGCUGGUUAUAUGGAAGAGGCGGGAAUUAUUUUUUUCAAUCUUGAAGGUGUUCAAGAAAACCAAUGAAAGACUGCUCUCUGAAUGUUUUGCAUUCUCUCCGCUGGAGCAGUUGUCACUAGUCCAAUUCAUUUGCUUGGGUUUAUUGCACGAUAAGUGGCAUCAGUAAACGUUCAGGAGUGUGAAAGCGAAGGUUAUCAUAUAACUGAAGUCACUGAUAUGCAUAAGAACAGUUAUCAUGUUCUCAUUCAGUUUUUAAGGACCAAUUCAUGGAAGCUUAAAGCACUAGAUUGUCAGAUCGUAGUAUAGGUGCACAGUGUAUAUGUACAUCUUCCUACUGCUCGGGAGCGUUUGGAUGGGAGAUUAGUAACCCACUGCACUAGCAUUCAAUAUGGAGAAAAACAUCCCGCAAUUUUGCACUCUGGAUUGGUUCAGGCCUUUUUGAUCACUCCUGGUGGACGCAUAUAUGUGAAAGGGAUAGGAUGUAUAAGGUAAGAAAUUGCAUACACAUGCUUUUGUUCGGCUUCUUCCAUAUGGAAUUUUGUGUGCAUGUGGAACGGAGAGCCAUAAAGAUGAGACGGCUUCGUAAUAUUAUGCAAAACAAUGUAGUGGGUUACUCUGAUAUCUCUGCUUUCUGGGUGGUGAAGAUGGUAAACAAAGAUCCGUCUCUAUGUCAGGUGAAAGUUUGACAAGAGUACAAACCUGUGCUCUGCAAGGUUGCUUUUUACUGCUUACUAGUCGUGGUAUAAGGCGCACUUUCAUGAUUAACUAGCGAAUGAUUGUGUCGACCUUAUGCUGUUAAAUCUUAUUGCCCGUGAAUUUUUUGUACAUCUAUGCAGUGUGAACAUGUGUCCGGGUCAACAUUGGCGGAUGCAGGGAUUUUGCUUUGACCUUUGACGAACGGCACAGCUUUUUUCCUGCUCUUUGUAUUGGAAACGAAUUUCGCUUUUGCCCUGGUUCACUUUGAAAGUGAACUAAGGGAUAAAAAUCCUACUAGUAAAACUAAUUAUGUUACGAGA